GUUUAGGUUUCCAUUUAAGUUGGCUACCAAGAUACGUGCUGCCAGUUAUGGACGACGUUUCCAUUGGGCUCGAGAUAGAGAACGCGUCGUUCCUGGACGCAUCCAUGUCUGCAACAGCAGCAAAGGACGUGCCACCCAAGCCGGUGCCGGUGCCGGUGCCGGUGCCGGUGCCCGCAACUGUUCCAGUUCCAGCCUCAACACCAGCUCCUCUCACUCCAUCGCCCACCCCCUUUGCUGCUGCGCCUGUUCUUCCCGUUACACCGAUUGCAAGCCCAGCAGAGGAGAAUCUGCGCGUGUCCUACCACUGCAAAGCGAUCAAGUGCUUCCGUCUCCAAUGGGAAGCUGAAAUGAACCCGCGAUGCCCAAGGCAAACAACGAUUGUGAUCGAGAACGCUGUCUACAUCUUUGACGGGUUUUAUUUAUUGUGUCACAGCGAACCACCUGAGAUGCCGAGAUUUGAAUAUACGCGCGGUGGCGUCAUGUGCAAGGUCCAUUUUGUUCCAGAAGACUUACCGUCGUCCGUGCGUGGAACGACCAGCAACGACGUGGACGCUGAUGUAAAUGGAGAGGCCCACCGAUCUUUCUGCGACUCGCUGUUUCUGCUUCAGCGAUACGUGUUCCAGCAACUGCUGGGUAUUCAACCUGCGCAUUUGUUUGGAAAGGUUUUCCCGGACCCAGCUCAUGCUACAGGCGAUGCAUCCGAAGUCUGUGGCGACUACCACUUGGUACCGCGAUUUAUAGCCGUGAACGAGGAGCCAUUGCUUCACGUUGAAGACUUGCAUUCGCCCAACCGUGUGGGAUAUGCUAUCGGACGACUGCUAUCCGUACAGAAGAUCUUGGAAUAUCUCGAAAACAGCGCGAGAUUCACCGUUCGUGACUUCUUGUUACGGUUCGACCACCGCGAGCUAGUGGACUGCAUUGUCUCCACUCGCAUCAAAGGCCAGCCAAGCGUUUUCCGUGUCGAUGAGCUGGCUAUGGAGCCUCGAGAGACUGGAGAUGCCAACCCUCCACCCGCCGAGAAGCAUGGCAUCGUCACUAAAGACGGACGUCAUAUCGUUCGCGCGAUAGCUCAUCGCAGCGAAGGAGCACGCAACUUUGACGGUGCCAAGUCCAAGAAGAAGAUCCGCAAAUGGCAGGAGCAAGGAGUGUUUCUGCAGCUGUCACCUGAGGUUGAACCUCUUUCCCAGGAGCUACGUCCAGCAGAGUGCCACCUUACGGGUAUUCGUACUGAUCUUUUCGAGGUUGGCAGCGCCAUGCCUAUGGUGCUCAAAUACGUGCGGCACUUCAGUUUACUGAACAGUUUUGCGACCGCAAUGGGGCUCACAUUCAAGGACAAGACACUGCUACGUCAAGCAUUUACUCACGGUUCAUAUAUCGACGUGGGUAUGCAGAAUGUCAACACUGUUGAAGCCACGCGAUCGCGUGUUCGUCUUGGACACGUGUUUGAGAACACUGCGUCGCUUAAGAGAUCCCGUAGUAUGCUGCUUGAAGGUGACACACGCAUUCCUGGCAAGGCAGCAGGGAACAACGCCUCUCAGUUACGACAAGUUGCGGAGAAGCAUUUAUCUGGAGAUUUCAAGGAGGAAUUCCACUCACGCUAUCUGUGCCCUUACGAACGACUGGAGUUUUUAGGCGAUGCUGUUCUUGGCUUUCUCGUGGCAUCGUCGGCGUUCCUGAAGCUGCCAGAAGCCGACGAAGGAUUCCUUCACCAGACUCGAGUGGACAUAGUGAACAAUGAAAACCUCGGUAAGAUGGCGAAAACCGCGAACUUAGAGUCGCUCUUGCUGACUGCAUUCGACUUGGCUAAGCUGGAUGAAGAAAUCAAGGCUAAAAUCACGGCAGACUGCUUCGAGGCGCUUCUAGGCGCGCUCUAUAAAGACCAAGGGAUUGUUCCAUGUCGAGAACUACUCGGUAAACUUAUGGGUAUGCACGAUCCCGAACUACGCGAGCUGUGCUAUCUGACUACCGAUCAACUCAUUAUUGAGGCGAAAAAAUAUGUGGAGAAAGACCGCGCUGAAAUCAAGAAGUGGAGCAAGUAUACCAGCGCUCGCUUACUACAUCGUCGCUUUGCUGCACGUUCUGGCGUGGAUAUCUCCAACACGCACUUGUGGCUGCAAGCUUUCACUCACGCCUCGUUCCAGAAGCCCCAGAUUGAUGACGAUGAGUUCAUUGGUCAUGAUCCAAGCUACGAACGUAUCGAGUUUCUCGGCGAUGCGGUGCUGCAGCUUCUUUCUUCCGAGUUCCUGGUUGAUGCGUUCCCGUAUCAUCAGGAACAUCUACUGACUCAAGUACGGUCUUCUCUCGUGAAGAACACGAAGCUGGCGAUCGUUGCGCGUAAGGCUGGAUACGAGGAGUUUAUCCGCUUGGGAAAUCUUGUCAAGGAGAAUGGCAACUUGUACAUUGAAGACGUGCUAGCAGAUGUGUUUGAAGCUACACUUGGUGCUGUGAUUGUUGAGAACCCGGGAGAUUUAGAUAAAGUACGCGCUAUCCUCGAGCGGUUGCUGUUCCCUCGACUCACUGAAGCCAUUCGACGUCGACAGUGGAUGAACCCGCGCAAGGUGUUCAUGCACUACAUUUCACAAUGGAGUCGCUCCAGCAUGAAGCCGAUCCCGUGUCAGUUCAAGACCAUUAAAGCUCCUGGUACAACCACGCAAGCAAACGUCUUGGUACCGAAGGACAGCGAUGAUGGAAAAAAGAGUAAAAAGGCGAAGACAAAUGCGCCACCGGGACAUGCAGUGGCUCUGUAUGUGAACAACUUCCAAGUGGCUCGUGCGGCUGGACGCACCGUUGCCGCUGCUCAAGAUGCAGCCUGCAAGAAAGCUCUCAUGCUCUACGGAGUUCGACUGCAUGACGACUAAGCAUGAUUUGCAAUUAUCCUACCAGGAAAUGGGCGGCAGCACGAUUGUUUUAACGUGGAGCUGGUAGUGAUGAGAGUUCUUUGUAUUUGUAAGCGAGUGAAUGCCUAACGUGAACUAACUGGGCUGCUAGUCUAGUCUAGCCUUUGGUCUCUUCUUCCUCAGUCUUCUUCGCUGCAGUUGGAGGAGGUCCGGGAGGUAGCG